GCUUUAGCAUAAAAUAAAUCAAUAAAAAUGGGCAAAGUUUGGUGUCUAUGCACGUAUAAGAACAGUGCUUGCACAUGUUCGACAGAGCGCCAAGACUGUGCAGAAGAUGGUUGGAAGUGCCAUGGCUCGAAGUGUCCUGUGUUUGUGGUGUUGCUUUUCCUUGGUGUUCAUGUACACCAGUGUACACGGAAGUCCAGAACAACAUUCCGACUCUGAUGACCAUGAAAACAAAAUACAAGCACUGAACAAGCUGAACAGUGAUUUUGCUUUCCGCCUGUACAAAAGCAUUGUGUCUGGUGCUCAGUCCCAGAACGUGUUCUUCUCUCCACUGAGUGUGUCCACGGCACUGGCUGCACUGUCUUUAGGAGCAGGUGGAGAGACUCAUGAACAGCUUUUCAGUGGCCUCGGAUUCAACAAUUCUAUCUUCACCAACGAGGAGAUUCACCAAGCCUUCCUCGAUCUCCUCGAAAACCUCAAUCACAGGACAGAGGUAGAUCUGAAUGUGGGCACUGCUGUCUACGUCCACGACACCUUUAAACCUCAUCCGGAAUUUCUGGAGAAACUUAAGCGUUUCUAUCUUUCCGAUGGCUUCUCUGUCGAUUUUACGAAGACCACAGAGACCUCUAAUCAAAUCAACAAAUAUGUCAGUGAAAAGACACACGGCAAAAUCAGCAAGUUUAUUGAAAAACUGGAUCCAAGCACCGUCAUGUAUCUGCUCAGCUAUAUAUAUUUUAAGGGUAAAUGGUCCGUCCCAUUUAAACCCAAACAUACUAGAGAAGCUCAAUUCCAUGUGGAUGAAGAAACAACCGUUCCAGUUCAGAUGAUGUUUGUGAAGGAUGAUUUUUACAGCUAUUAUGAUCAUCAACUGUCUGUCAGAGUCCUUCGUUUGAAUUACAAUGAUUCAUUCUCCAUGAUUCUGGCUCUGCCUGAUAAAAAUAUUACACUUUUGGAAGAGGCUGUGUGUCCACACCAUAUAACCAAGUGGCAAAAAUGGAUGUCAGAACGUAAUUAUGGCAUCUACCUCCCUAAACUGUCCCUAAAAACAUCAUAUUCCCUGAACAGCAUUCUGUCUGAAAUGGGAUUUAAGGAUAUGUUUACAGCUAAAGCUAACUUCUCUGGGAUUUCUGACCAGAACUUGUUAGUUUCUGAGGCUGCACAUAAAGCCACUCUAGAUGUGGAUGAAGCCGGAGCUGAAGCAACAGCAGUGACUGGAAUAGGCAUCACGCUCUUUUCUGCAAGAAUAAGUGAAACGCUUGAAUUUAAUCGGCCAUUUCUGAUCUUUAUCAUUGACCAAAAAACAAACAAUGUACUAUUUAUAGGGAAAAUUGUCAAUCCAGCGAAUUCUGAGGUCCGUCAGUAAUAAACAAAAAUGUGUCUCUGCAGUUAGGUUUCUUAUAUAGCAUACAGGGUUGUAGUGAUCGAAGAGGGGGUAGGGAUGGGAUGAGAUUGGAUGAGAUGGUGUGUGUUGGGGGACCUGACUGCAAAAAUAUGAACAACCAGCAUUUUUAAUUGGUUUAAUAAAAAUCUAUAUUGCAAGCA